GCUAUGUUCUUGGAUCUUUCUUUCUUUCUUCCUUCUUCUUCAUCAAAACCCAGAUGUCCAACAAAGAAAAGGGUCAAUAUUGAGCGAUGAUGGCGACAACUUCCUCACCGGCGACGUUCAUCCACCUGAAAAGCCCUUUCAUGCUUCUCAUCUUCACUUUCCCUCUUUUCUUCUUUAUCUUCACAUUCAUCUUGCCUCUAGGUAAACAAGCACUUCAACCCACAUUUGUAAAUCACUACGACGAUCUCGGCCUCUACUCAGAUCCAUCAUCCCCUCCCACUUCCCCGCCAGAGAAGGAACCACUAGUACUGAAUAACAACAAGAACAAGAACAAGAACAGUUCUUUGAUUUCAGAACCUGAAUCUGACAAUAACAGGGAUGCAAAAUCUUCAGAUGAUGAUUCAGGAAAUAAUGGGUUAUUGAUCAAAUCAGGAGAUAUGAUGACUGAAGUCAUCCAAACUACUGAAAAUGAGAAACCCAUAUUCACCGACAAUACUGCUGUAAAGACAUUUCUGAAAACAUCAAAAGAUUGCGAUUUGUAUGAUGGGAAUUGGGUGAAAGACGAAGAACAUCACCCGAUUUACAAACCCGGGUCUUGUCCUUACGUUGACGAGGCGUUCGACUGUCAAAACAAUGGAAGACUCGAUGAAGAUUACAUGAGAUGGCGAUGGAAACCCAACGGCUGCGAUCUCCUUAGGUUUAAUGCAAGUGACUUCUUGAUGAGAUUAAGAGGUAAAAGGCUGAUGUUGGUUGGGGAUUCCAUGAAUAGAAAUCAGUUUGAAUCUCUCCUAUGCGUUCUUCGCGAAGGUCUUCAGAAUAAAAGUGAAAUGUAUGAGGUUCAUGGUUACAAGAUUACAAAAGGGAGAGGUUUCUAUAUCUUCAAAUUUCCUCAACAUAACUGCACUGUUGAAUUUGUUCGGUCUCAUUUCCUUGUUAAAGAAGGGACCAGGAUUAAUGGAGAUGGGAAUUCGAAUCCAACCCUUUCAAUUGAUCAAAUUGACAAGUCAGCCAACAGGUGGAAGAAAGCUGACAUUCUUGUCUUCAACACCGGCCAUUGGUGGACUCAUGGUAAAACUGCCCGUGGGAAAAACUACUAUAAAGAAGGUGACUUUAUAUAUCCUCAGUUUGAUGCAUUGGAAGCUUAUAGGAAGUCUUUGAAAACAUGGGCAAGUUGGAUUGAUAAUAAUCUUAAUCCUGACAAUAACUUGGUUAUCUACCGUGGUUAUUCAUCUGCCCAUUUUAGGGGCGGUGAUUGGGAUUCGGGUGGAUCAUGUAAUGGAGAAAAGGAACCCAUUUCGACGAUAACAGGUUCUUUUCUCGAUACUUAUCCCAUUAAGAUGAAGAUAACUGAAGAGGUGAUCAAGGAGAUGAAAGUUCCUGUUGUGCUUUUGAACGUCACACACUUGACUAAUUUUCGAAAGGAUGGACACCCUUCUGUAUAUGGAAAGAAUCUGACCAGUGGUAGGAAGGUAUCAAACCGACGCCAAGAUUGUAGCCAUUGGUGCCUUCCCGGUGUGCCAGAUGCUUGGAAUGAACUUAUUUAUGCGGUUUUGAUUUCCCAUCAGGCUAAUAAGGUUGCUGCCCCAGAAGAUGAUCAACAAUGAAUAUAUUUGUGUAACUCGUCCACGUUGGAAUGGGACAUGUUUUUGUUUGCAUAAACAGAAAUCAUUGUUGUUGUUGUUGUUUCCGAAAUUGUACUUUUGUUUCUUAAACUGUUAACUAUUAGUCAAUUGUUAUAAUAUUUUGGUUGAUAA